CGCAUGACAGCUAUUGAUUGUUUAUGAAAUUGGCCAGUCAUUCGUAUUUCUAACCUCUUGUUUUUGUAAAAUUGCAAUCUCAUAAACCAGUAAAAUAUCAAAAAUGUUUUCAGCACCACCCUUUUGGGAAAAUGGCCCUGCUCCAGGAAAUUUCUACAACUUUCCCAAUUUGCAACCACAAGUACAACAACCUCAAGAUUUCAGACAACAUUCUCAGUCUCCAGUAACAACAUCAACAUCUUUGGUUGGAAUCACAUACGAUAAGGGGAUUCUAGUAGCUGGCGAUUUGCUAGCAUCAUACGGUUCUCUUGCACGUUACAGAAACUGUCCUAGAAUAGUAAAAAUUAACGAGAACAUCAUUUUGGGUGCCAGUGGAGAUUAUGCCGAUUUUCAAUAUGUAAAAGACUUUGUUGAGCAAAAAGUCAUAAGUGAAGAAUGUCUAGAUGAUGGUCUUGCUUUAAAACCAAAAUCUCUGUAUUGUUGGUUGACUAGAAUUCUAUACAAUAGAAGAAGCAAGAUGGACCCAUUGUGGAACAACUUUAUAGUAGCAGGAAUUCAAGACGGACAACCGUUCCUGGGAACAGUUGAUAAACAUGGUACUGCUUAUGCUGAUAAAGUUAUCUGCACAGGUUAUGGAGCACAUAUUGCCACACCUUUGCUGAGGGACAGUUUGGACAAGAAUCCCCAAUUAAAUUUAGCCGAAGCUAAGGCUUUAAUCGAGAAAUGUCUGGAAGUCUUAUACUACAGGGAUGCCAGAAGUUAUCCAAAGUAUCAGUUGGGAAUUAUUGAUGUCGAACAAGGAGUGUCUAUUGAAGGACCCUUGGAAGUACCACAAAAAUGGGAAAUUGCUUAUCAUUCUAAACGUUUCUAAAUAUUUAAGAUAUUUUUUUUAAUUCAAUUACAUAUUAAAUAAUUAUAAUAUCAGUGUUUUUUCUUCACUUAUUAAAUACUUCUUGCUAUAA